CUGAGGUGGAGCUACCCACAGUACCAAGGAGCUCUACACCGGGAAAAGUUUACCUCUACAUAUCACACUCGACUAACAGGAGGAAAAACCGCAGAGAUGGCAACUCAAGCACAGCAGCCGCCCCACCUGCAACUGGCUGAGAUCACCGCCUCGCAGUUCAUCGACAUCUGGAAACAUUUUGACGCAGACGGAAACGGUUACAUCGAAGGGAAGGAGCUGGAGAACUUCUUCAAAGAACUGGAGACCGCGAGACGAGGAGCAGGCGUGGAUCCUUCACAUGCUAUAUUCAAAGAGAAGAUGAAGGAAUUUAUGGACAACUUUGAUAAGAACUCUGAUGGGAAAAUUGAGAUGUCAGAGUUGGCUCAGCUUCUGCCCACAGAGGAAAACUUCCUGCUCUGUUUCAGAGAAUUUGUGGGAUCCAGCGCCGAGUUUAUGGCUGCCUGGCGGAGGUAUGACUCUGACCGGAGCGGAUACAUUGAGUCGAAUGAGCUGAAGGGUUUCCUGUCAGACCUGCUGAAGAAGGCCAACAGAAACUACAAUGAAAAGAAGCUCAAUGAGUACACAGAGACAAUUCUGAGGAUGUUUGAUCUGAACGGUGAUGGUAAGCUGGGCCUCUCUGAGAUGGCGAGGCUCUUGCCGGUCCAGGAAAAUUUCCUGCUGAAGUUUGAGGGCAUCAGGCUUAAAGUUAAAGAGUUUGACUCCCUCUUCACCUUCUAUGAUAAGGAUGGUAGUGGGUAUAUUGAUGAGCAGGAGCUGGAUGCUUUGCUGAAGGACCUCUGUGACAAGAACAAAAUGGACGUGGACUCAACAGGACUGGUGGGGUACAAGAAGAGCAUCAUGGCUCUGUCUGACGGAGGGAAACUGUACCGCACUGAGCUGGAGAUCGUCCUCUGCGAGGACUCCACGCUGUGACCUCCCUGCCUGGGACCCUGCUGGCCUCCCCCACCGCCUGCUCCUUCCUACCCCCUGAUGUAACCUGGUGCAUGUGUGACCCUUAACCUCGCUACACCACUUAAAGUGAAAACAAAUGUUCUCCUGAGAGCACAAAGUGUACCGCUGGCCCUGCUGUUUUAGCUUUGAACCCCACUGAGGUCAUUUCUUUUUUUAACUUUACAUGCAGUUCUAUAGUUAAAUAGCAAUGACUACAGCAAUAUUUUGUGUAUUUAUUUAUUUGACUUCCCAUUUUUAAUAUGCAUUUGUCUUUUUAACCUAAAAUUAAUACUUGUGUUGUUUAGAAUCUUCAUUUAUUAUAUUUAUUUCUGUUAGAUUUUAACCCUGUUUUAUUUGACAAGGCUUGUACUGUUCUAUUAAAAAUAUUACUGAGAGAAUUAAUAAAUAUACUAUGACAACGCUUGUCCCAGUUA